UUCUAAUAGGAUUAUAUUUAGGUUUUUAAUGUGGACUAAUAGUUCUUGCGAGUCAAGUAAUUUCUACAGAUAAAAACGGUAUAGUUGUAAUUUUACAAGUCACAAAAGCCAUUGGAGUACCAAAAAUAUUGACAAGUAUUUAUUUAGGGCUCCUCCAUUGAAGGGUUUUCCCGCCAUUUUUCUGCAUAGGCUCUUCUGCCACGUAAGCAAAAACCCUCCACGCGGCACUCGCUUUUGGGCACAUGGAGUCCCAAUCUCCCCGUCAAAAGAUGAUCUGCCACGUCAUUUAAGAGAGCUUAAAAACCAUCGAAUCAGACGGAUGGCAUUAAAUGCAUCAGCCAUUAAAUCAAAAUCAACUUUCCAUAUCAUUUCCUUUACACGUCGUUAUAUAUAUAAGGUCUUCGUGGUUUACCAUUUUUAUCCUUCGUUUUUUUCUCUUUGAAGAAAAUAAAUAUUAGCAUGGAGGAAGAGGAGGGAAGGAAAGCGGAAACCGACGACGUCAGCGGCGCCGAGUCUCCGGAGUUUAAACGGCAGAGAGAUGCGGGAGCAGCUGAGUUAAGCGAUGAAGUUAUGGGGUGGUUAUCGGUGGAAGGUAGCGAGGCUGACUCGAUGAGCGAGUUGUUGAAGCUUCUGGACGACUCAGUGGAAACGACCAUGUCAGCGUCAUUGUACACGUAUUCUCCGGCGUCGUACGGAAUGAGAGUUAGGUUCAGCGACAAUCCGUAUUCGUCGGCGUUGAUAUUUCAGUCAUCGUCUUCGUACAUCACCAUCAACGGCAACGAAGAGAGCUGCGGGUCGUCGUUUUCGGAGUCGGAGUCGAGCGUGAUGGCCAGCGUGGACAUGGGUGGUAUUGUAAUAUCGAAGGUGAAGGGUUUGGAAGGAAUAAGGGAGUGGUUGGAAGCGGAGGAGGGUGGGGCGUGGGGGGGAAACGAGGAAGAGGCGCGUGGGUGGGUUGUGGAGUCGGAAUGGAGAUGGGCAUGGGACGAAGAGCAGCUGACGAAGUUGCUGGAGGAGUGAGUGCCCUUAUUGAAAUUUGUGAGUAAACGUGAGCAGUUAUGGCCACAUUUGUUAACAGUGGAAAUUGAAGAGUAGAUUAGAGAAAUAGGGUUUUAGAGAAUUAAUUAGACGGCCUGCAGAUAGAGAUAUGUGCCAUCAUAAUCAUUAGGGGUAGAGUAGUAGUGGUGGGAAAAAGAUAAGAAGGGGGAUUUUCCAUCAAUGUGAGGGCCAGAUUUAAUAAAAAGCACGAGUUACGUGAUUUUCAAGUAAUUUCAAAACGUGAUUGAUUAAUUGAACAAA